AUGCACCUGAGCCCCCUAUGUGACAUACACUCAUUUUCCAGCCUGGGCUGGAAGCAGCUGUGGGCAUUGCAGAAGGUGGGCAGGGCUUGGGGUGGGGAUGUGUCAGGGAGAGUCAGGGGAAGAGGAAGUGUCUUGGGUCCUGGGGAAGACUGACUUGUCUUGGUGGGUGGAGACGGUCAUUGUCAGUUUUCUGGACACAUAGACAGAGACAGACAGGAUGGAGUUCCUCCGACUACAUCUCCCUGGGCUGCAUCAGGCCUUGAGGGGGGCACUGGAUUCUUUAAGCACCUUUGUCUCCUACCUUAUAGGAGAUGAAGUCCCCACUGCAGAAAGGAGGGAGGCGUGGGCAGCUGAGGAACUGGGGGAAGUAGCUGCAGAAAAAUCAGGGAGGACAGUGGAAGAGGAAGCCCAGAAAGCCCUGGGGGGCCUUGGAGGCAGCCAAAGCAAGGGGGUUGGAGGGCUGAGAGGUCCUGGAGAGGCUGGAAGGCACCCAGAGGAAAGCUCAGCUGCAGAACAGACCUGGGGUGGGGGAGAAGGCAGCUCCCACGGGUCUCAAGCAGAUAGGCAGGACACUGGGGCCUGGGAAACAGCUAAGGCCACCAGAUUCCAGGAUUCAAGUGUCCCCUUGGAGACCAGAAAGAAGUCUGAGGCAGGGUCUGAGUCUGGUGGAGACAGGAGGAGCCAAGCCCAGGAGAGUCGGGAGCUCGAUGAGCAGGAAGUGAACAGAGAAGAGACACUGAGAACCUGGGAACAGGAGGAGGAGGAGGAGGAAGAGGUCAGGGCAACAGAGCCAGGGGUAGCUGGAGGGGAGGAGUCAGAGUGGACCUGGCAAAAGGAGCCUGAGGGGAAGGCCAGUGCUGAUGGACUAAAGGUAGCAAGGGACAGCCAGGAGGCAGAGCAGGUGGUCAAGGAGGCAGCUACAAAGGAGAUCCAGGGGCCUGGGGCUAAAGGGCCUGGGAGGGAGGAAGAGGUGGUGGUAGUGGUAAGGCAUGGCCAAAGCACAAGGACACAGAGGACACAGGGGACACAGGAGCCAGAGGCAGAAUCUGAGCACGGGGAACCCUCAGGCAGAGAGGAGGCAGGGACAAGCUCAGGCAUGGAGGAGGCUGCCCUCCCAGGAGUCAAGGAAACAGAAUAUGGGACAGUCCCAGGAGAAAGGAUCCCAGAGGAUACUGGGAGAGUCUGGGCCCUAGAGGAGACCUCCAAGGGAGACCAGGAGGAGGUGGAUGAGAAUAAGGAGUUUGAGGUGAGCCUGUUCCCCAAUCAGACUCAGGCCCUGGGAAUUGAGGGAGUGGAAGAAGUGGCCAGGGACCAGGCAGAAGGGAGGAUGGCUGAGGAAAACCAGGGGUCAGAGAAGGAGGUAGGGGAGGGCUUGGAGGGCCAGGCAGACUGGGCUGAGAAAGAACCCGUGGGGAGGCAAGACUCAGAGAUCAGGGUGGCUCAAGCCAGUCUCAAGGAGGCGGUACAGGCAGAGGAGGCCGGGGAGCAGGAGAGUUGCUGGGCCGCCGAGGCUGGGCUGCCCCAGGGCAAAGUGGCAGACCGACCUGAACAUGAUGCUGACUUGGAGGCAACCCCAGAGGCCAGGGCCGAGAAAGUGUUCAGUAAGGAGAGGGGUGAGGAAGAGGCUCAGACAGGUGGGGAAGCAUUGGAGGUGGAAUGUUGUGGUCUUGAGCACAAAGUCACUGAAGGCAAAGAACCUGAGCUGAUGGAAGCCCCCAAGGCCCCAACAGAGCAACCUGAAGAAGGGCAAGCGGGUAAGGAAGUGUUCUGGAGGGUUCCAGUCCUGAGCGAAGAGGAGACGGAGAGGAGCCUGGAGGAAUAUCCCAGGAACAUGGGUCAUGAAAAGCCUAAUAGCUCUGUGGCCGAAGCCUGGGAACACAGGAGAAGAAGGGGCGUGGAGGGAGGAAAUACCCAGGAGGAAAAAGCAGGUGCUGAUGUGGGGAAGGAGGAGGCUACAGGAGGCCAGGCAGUGGUGGCUGAGGCUGAAGGAGGCCGAGAGCCUGCACAACCAGAGAUCCCAGAGACAAGUGGGGAGUGGAUCAAAGCAAAGGAAGCGGGACGUGGAGCAGAGGAGGAGGAGGCCCCUGGCACUGAGAACCAGGAGCUGAGUGGAGGGCAUAGGGCGGAAGCAGGGACUGGCCAGUCACUGGGAGAGUCAGAUGCCAGAGAAACCAAGGAGGAGGAGGUGGAGGCCACUGUGCCCUGCGGGGCAGACAGAACAUCCAGCAGAGGCUGGAGGCCGGAGGUGGAGGCUCUGAGCCUCCAGGAUGGCGAGGACAUGCAGGCAAAUUCUUUGGCUGCCGAGAUAGUGGAAGAUAAGGCAGCUCUGGGUGGAAGGGCUGCUGGGGAAGGUCCUGAAAGAGAGGCAGGGGAAGCAUUCAAGAGAGGCUGGGAUUCAGAAGAGAGAGAGGAAGCUGGUGGAAGUGAGGAGAUGGCGGAGGCUGCAGAGGAAGGGAAUAGAGGUGGGCAGGAGUCUGGCCUGGAGGGCUUAGCAGAGGCUUUUGAGGCCAUGGAGGGUGAGCAGGGGGGAGAGCAGGCAGAGGUUAGGGAUUCUGCAGUGGCGGAAGGAAGCUGUGGGAUGGAUGGCUUUACCUCGGGCUCCCAGGCGGUAGGGGCAGAGGGCCUCCCAGGAGAGCAGACUCUGUUGGAAAAAGAGUCUGAGGGAUGGGAGGCAGGGGAGCAGGGGCAAGACAGUGAGGGGCAACGUGGGGACCAGCACCCCGAGGGACAGGCCCAAAGGCCCCUUGAUGUGGAGGAUGACGAGGUGGCUGGAGACCAAAAGGCGGAGGCUGAGGACAUUGAUCCACGAGGCCUGGAGGAUGUCCAAGGCCAGGAAGACCAGUCAACAAAGCAGGACCCUGCAGAGGCCAAGCCUGGACCAUGUGGGGAGGCCUCAGGGAGAGUUGGAGAGGAUGUUCACAGCAGUUGGAGUGAGGCCCUGCUGCCUGGGUCUCGCCUAGAUGUCUCUGUCCCGAGGAGCCGUGUACUCCUCUCCCGCAGCUCCUCACAGCGCCGCUCCAGGCCCUCUUUGCGACGGACCCCCGGCCCUGAGCACCUGGAGGAGCCUCCCAGCCCUCCAUCCAAGGAAGAGCUGUCAGCCCCUGAGCAGAGACUUCUCCAGCCGGAGGGCCUCCAAGAGCCAAGCCCCCCAAGGUCUGAAGGGACCCCAUUGCCAGCCAGGAGAAUGCCUCUGGGACAAGGGUUUGGCCUCGCACACCCUGGCAUGAUGCAGGAACUGCGAGCCAGGCUGAGCCAGCCAAAGCCCUAGUGACCGGGAGCCUGGCCCCAAGCAAGACUCGGAAGGUUGGGUUGAACCCUGCUCAGCCUGACUCCCUCUGCCACUUUGGAUGCAUCCUUUCCACCCUCUGGGCCUUAGUUUCUCGGCGUGUCAUUCACGGAGCAGACAGAACCCAAUGUCUGCGAGAACCAUGAACUUAAGGAGUCUGACCCUCCAGUGUGGCUGAUGGACCACUGUCCCUCGGGAUCCCCUCUUUCCAAUGGCCUGUCUUGACUACCUCCUCAACCUGUCUCAGCUGCCUGGAGGACUGAGAUGGGACAGAAACAAUUCUCCCCACAGCCUUCCCUCUCUGACUGCCCCUACUCCCCCCACCAAUCCCUGCUCCCCAGUGCCACCCCCGCCUCUGGGGUGGAAGGCAGCCUAGAGAAAAGGGUCAGGGGGGCCUGUGGAGCUUCAUUUGCAAUCAAAAGUUGAUGGGAAGCAGAACCAGCUGCCCUGAGCUUCCAAAAUGGGAGCUCAGCCUCAGAAUUCUGCUGGUUACUAUGGCAACCAGCAGCUGAACAAGCCAGAGUGGAGGAAGGUGGACUAGGAACCCCAAAAAUGUAGGAGCAGAGAGGAGACCAGGGUGGCAGGAAGCUGCAGACUCCUUUUGGGUGUCAGGCACCCCUUCUCUGAAAAGAAGUGGAGGCAGAGAGAGGAUGGGAGUGCUUUAUUAGGCACCCAGCAUGGUGGCCUAGUCUGAGGAUGACUAGCAAGUCCUGGAAACAAUAAAUAAACCAUCAUUUCCCUAAACAAUAAAUAAAUAUCCAAGAAAUAAA